CUGCAUGCACCAUGCAGCCAUCUCAUCUCCUCCUCUUCCUCUUCCUCCCUCUCCUCCUUCCAGGGAUAUGGGCAGACCCAGAGGAGCCAAAGGUUUUGCAGCUGCUCCAUACCAGCCUCUUCACCAACAUCAGCUCUACUGAGGUGUUUGGGAUAGGUUUCCUGAGGGACAUACCCAUCUAUACAAUGAAUCGUGUCAGCUGGACGAUCAACUUCCACCGGCCCUGGGCGCAGCAGGCCACGAUGGAAGGAGACGCGGAGAAGGUUGCUGCCCACUACAAAAUGGCUCUGCGCAACAUGAUCCGAUACACGCAUGAAGAAGCCCCGCACAUAUCAAUGGACUACCCAUUUGUGAUCCAGACACAUGCAGGCUGUGCGCUGUACCCCAAUGGGACAAGCUGGAGCUUUGUGGAUAUUGGGGCAGACGGCAGAGACUUUGUAGCUUUCAAGGUGGAAAGACUGCUCUGGGUGGCCCAGCAAAGAUCUCCACAAGCAGAGUAUGUCAGCAGGUCUCUCAACAAAGACAAGUCCACCAGGGUGUUCCUUGAACAUCUCCUCACCAUUUUCUGCCAGAGCCAUGUCCUCACGCUGUACAAGUAUGGGAAAGCUGAUCUGGAGAGACAAGAGCCACCCGUGGCCACAGUCUUUGCCCGCACGCCCAGCCCAGCCCAGCUGCUGCUGGUUUGCCGCGUCACUGGCUUCUACCCACGGCCCAUCAGCGUGGCCUGGCUGCGGGAUGGCCAGGAGGUGCCACCGGGCCCAGCACUCAACACCAGCAGCAUCCUGCCCAACGCUGACCUCACCUACCAGCUGCGCAGCAUCCUGGCCGUCACCCCCCGUGAUGGGCACAGCUACGCCUGCCGCGUGCGCCAUCGCAGCCUGGGCACCCACAGCCUCCUCAUCCUCUGGGAGAACCACAGUGCAGCUCCAACCAUGGGCAUCACCAUCGCCAUCACCCUGCUGCUCAUUGCAGCCAUAGCCUUUGCCAGGGGCAUUUGGUGGUGGAAGCAUAGGAAAGGUGACGGGACCAGAAGGGAUACCCAAGAAUUCAUCAUUUGAGGCCUGGCUGCCCACAAUGCUCAUUGCCAGCUCAUCCUGCUCAUCUGAUAUCCUAUCCCUAACCCAUCAGCCCUGCCAAGGGGUUCCUGUGGAAUACUACCACAUUAAACAUCUACAAAUACUACCACAUUAAACU